AAGAGAUUUAAUAUCACGUUCGUUCGUGCGCGUUCGGAAUGCUCUAUUGUCUUGCUAUGAAUGCGUUCGUAGCGCCCUAUGCAUACACCCGAACGCAAGGAUUACUAUUAACAAUUAAAGGAGUCAAUAGAAGAGCACUUAAGUACUGCGUUCAGAACGGGAUCGAACCGGAUGCGUUCAGAAUCCUCUAAGCAGAGCUAAAGCCGGAUCUAGGAUUUUACCCAAGCGACGAAGGUGGCGAAAAUUGCAAUAUGCCGUUGCAUGAAAGGCCUUCUAUGAGCACCGAUGUGCGAGUGUCUUGGGGGUAUGACGGCAUCUAUGAGCGCCGAUGUGCGAGUGUCUUGGGGGUAUGACGGCAAUUUCAUCCAACUCCGCGUCGUACCCAUGAAUUUAAAAAUAGAUUGCGAACAUAAAGGGAUUUUGUGAGGGUGUAGAAUUAUGGAGUACUGCCCUCAAAAGGUUAAACGUUAUUAUACAGGGUGCGACAUAUUAUAAAGCGCUUGCCCGAUUGUUUUGAAGCAAAGACAAAAACUAAUUGCCCGAAUCGGGCAAGCAAAAUUCUCAUACAGAAUAUUCCCCAUAUUUCACCAUCAAAAUUAUAGAAAAGAAAAAGAGAAAACAAAUCAUAUCAUUAAUUUCUUCUUUUAAAAAAUUUUAUAAGUCAUGAUUCGAAUUGCAAAAUUUGCGCCAUUUUCUGCAAUUAACACACAGCUCAGACAGCACACACACACACAAAGAAUCUAUGGCAGUAUAGCGAGCUAGCGCCUAGUACUCGCAGCCCAUGGUUUCUACGGUGCUGCACGAACGAAGUUUGAUCUGGAAGAAAUCUCCCAAAGAACUGUCAAAAUUCACAUUUCUUACCAAUGAAAACUCUUGUAAUGUCCAUACUUAAAAAAAUUGGGUAGCUCUGUCAUUUGUAAGAGGUAAAAGGAGAAAUUUUCACUUCUCUUAUGCUUGAAAAAUAUCGGGUUUCGAAUGAUCGUCUGUAUCACACACACUGAAAUGCAUUGUUUGACAGUCCAACAUGGGCAUUUGUGAGUAUGUUGAUAAACGUGGUUUCUUUCGUAACUAUUUUUUUAGCCAAGGAAAAUGAUAUAUUUUCUUCUUUAUUUAUGACUGGAUAUGAGUUUGAGUUUUCUUCCUCACUGUUUUCUUUCUUUCUGCCUAUCUUUCCUUCUUUUGAAUAUAUCUUUAUUUCUUUAAAUUUCCUUCUUUCAUUCAUUUUUUCUGUUUAUAGCUGUCUUUCUUUCUGUCAUUCUUUUCUUUCUAUAUUUUUUCUUCCUUCUAUCCAACCUUUGUUUACCUCUUUCUUUAAUCCUUCCUUCUUUUCCCCCUCCUUUCAUCCUUUCUGUCUUCCUUCCGUCCAUUCCUUCUUUACCUUUUCUUAUUUUUUCUUUCUGCCUUCCUUCAUUCAUUCCUUCGUUUUUUCUAUCUUUCUUUUCUUUCUUUUUUUCCCUUGCUUCUAUCUAUCCUUUUCUUUCUUCUUUCCUUUCGUUUUCUUUCUUUCCCUUUCUUCCUUCCUUCCCUCCAUCCUUUACCUUUCUUUUUCUCUUUUCUUUCCUUUUACCUGUUUUUCUUUUUUUCUUUCUUCAUUCGUUCCUUUCUUUCCUUCUCUCCUUUCUUUCUCUUCCCCUGAGUUUUUAUUUCUCUCAUUUUUUUUUCGUUCUUUCUUUUUUCUAUCCUUCCUUCUUUCCCUUCUUUCUUUCCAUCUUUCUCUUCCCUGCAGCCAUUCUCUCUCUCUCUCUUUUUCUCAUAACUUCUGACGAGGUUCGAGGCGGAGGGAAUCAAAUCUACCUUCCAACAACGAACGAAUAUCGACCUUUUUUUUUAUCCGACCUAAUAUCGCCUUAUGGUUUCAAAUUCUGGAAUAUUGACCUAAAAAAGGUAGAAACAUACUUCGAAAGAGUUCCUACCCGUAAAGAAAACCUUGCGUAAUUAGUAUCUAUAGGGUCCAUGCAACAUACGAGUAUAUCUUGAUUGUUUUUUCCGACCAUUACGGUACAUGAAUUAUGGAAUAUUACCUGAGAAAUGUCUUUGAUUGUUUAAAACAUAAUACUUCGGUAGUGUGCCGAGUCAGAAAGAAUCUGGUUAUUAUUUGCCUUGCGUAAUUAAUAUAUCUUUCAACAACUUACGAGUAUUGCCUUUUUAUCCGACCCGACAUAAAAUUACCUCAUGAAAUGAUGGAAUAUUGACCUCUAAAAGGUCCUAGAUUGUUAAAAACAUAUACUUCGGAAGAGUUCCGAUCCGCACAGACUCAUAUUCGAGUCGGGAAAAUAUUGCAUUGAAACCUUGCGUUAUUAUCUAUACGAGUAUCGCUUUUUUAUCCUACCCGUCAUGACAUCACUCCAUGAUUAUGAACCUCAAAAAGGUCCUAGAUUGUUAAACACAUACUUUGGAAGAUGUUUUCUAUAUCUUCCAAAUACGAACGAGUAGGCCUACAUAUCAUAUUUUUUCUUCUUUUUUUUUUGGUCCAGCCCAAUAAUAUUACGGUAUGAAAUGAUGGAAUAUUACCUGAAAAAAAUGUCCUAGAUUGUUCAAAACAUAAUACUUCGGAAGAGUUUCGAGUCGGAAAUGAUACCUUGCGUUAUUAUCUAUAUCAACUUACGAGUAUCGCUUUUUUAUCCGACCCGACAUGAAAUUACUGCAUGAAAUGAUGGAAUAUGAACCUCUAAAAGGUCCUAGAUUGUUAAAAACAUACUUCGGAAAAGUUCCGAGUCGCAAAGAAUCAUAUUGAUUGAUAUUAGCUCCCUAUGUUUUCUAUAUCUUUCAAAUACGAACGAGUAGUCCUAGAUAUCGCAUUUUUUUCUGGUCCGGCCCAAUAAAAUUACGGUAUGAAAUGAUGGAAUAUUACCUGAAAAAAAUGUCCUUUAAAACGUACUUCGGAAGAUAAUGUUAUCUUUAUCUUCCAAAUACGAACGAGUAAGCCUGUAAUAUCACAUUUUGUUUUCUUUUUUGGGGGGGGGUCCGGCCCAAUAAAAUUACGGUAUGAAAUGAUGGAAUAUUACCUUUAAAAAUGUCCUAGAUUGUUCAAAACAUAAUACUUCGGAUGAGUUUCGAGUCGGAAAUGAUAAUAUUGAUAUCUUGCGUUAUUAUCUAUAUCAACUUACGAGUAUCGCUUUUUUUAUCCGACCCGACAUAAAGUCACGGUAUGGAUGCAAUAUUUCCCUCAAAAGAUCUUAGAUUGUUUCUUAAGGCAAAAAAAAUCAUAUUGGUAUAGAUAAUCACGCAAGGUUUACUUUAUAUCUUUAAAAAUUAUUAUAAUACGAGUAUCGUUUUUUUAUCCGACCCGACAUAAAGUCACGGUAUGGACCUCAAAAGAUCUUAGAUUGUUUUUUAAGGCAAAAAUAUAUUGGUAUAGAUAAUCACGCAAGGUAUACCUUCAACAAGUGGAAUGCCUCUGGCCGUCUCACCUGCAUCACGCGAUUCAAUAUAGCAGCAGUGCUGAUUUUGAAAACUACUAUAACUCGCACAAGAUGUUCAGUGAUACUUGGUUACUCUUAUUUCCACGUUUUAUGAACUAGACCAAUACACUUAUAGAGAUAUGAUGGCAAUUCAACAAAUACCCCCAACGUGGCCAAAGUUCUUUGACCUUACAUGACCUUUGACCUUGAUCAUGUGACCUGAAACUCGCACAGGAUGUUCAGUGAUACUUGAUUACUAUUAUGUCCAAGUUUUAUGAACUAGACCAACACACUUUCAAAUUUAUGGCUGUAAUUCAACAAAUACCCCAAUUUGGCCAAAGUUCAUUGACCCUAAAUGACCUUUGACCUUGAUCAUAUGACCUGAAACUUGCACAGGAUGUUUAGUAAUACUCGAUUACUAUUAUGUCCAAGUUUCAUGAAUCAGAUCCAUAAACUUUCAAAGUUAUGAUGGUAAUUCAACAGAUACCCCCAAUUCGGCCAAAGUUCAUUGACCCUAAAUGACCUUUGACCUUGGUCAUGUGAUGUGAAACUCAUGCAGGAUGUUCAGUGAUACUUGAUUAACCUUAUGUAUAAGUUUCAUGAACUAGGUCCAUAUAUUUUCUAAGUUAUGAUGACAUUUCAAAAACUUAACCUUAGGUUAAGAUUUUGAUGUUGAUUCCCCCAACAUGGUCUAAGUUCAUUGACCCUAAAUGACCUUUGACCUUGGUCAUGUGACAUGAAACUCAGGCAGGAUGUUCAGUAAUACUUGAUUAACCUUAUGGCCAAGUUUCAUGAACUAGGUCCAUAUACUUUCUAAUUUAUGCUGUCAUUUCAAAAACUUAACCUCAGGUUAAGAUUUGGUGUUGACGCCGCCGUCGCCGUCGCCGUCGGAAAAGCGGCGCCUAUAGUCUCACUCUGCUAUGCAGGUGAGACAAAAAUCGUACGAGUGUUGCUAUUUUAGGUAUGAAAAAAUUGUAGGUAUAAAAUUAUGGAAUAUUGAUCAUGCGCUUUCUGCGACGAUUGACCCUUAUGAAUCAAUUUUAUUAUUUGUACAUGGAUGCAUUGAUGAAGUCGUGCUCUUUCUGAACUGUGAUAAGAAAAAAUCGGGCACCUACAAAGGGAGGAGUUGGGGAAUGGGAGAGAGAGGGUGGUGGGUCAAUAGAGGAAGAGAGUGAAAGCGACAAAGAUAAGGGAUGGGUGAGGUUGACAUUCUAUACGUCUUUUCACAUGGCAUGCAUGGGGUUGGAUCAAGAACAAGAUCAACUUAUUGUGGGAAGAUAAUCACGCAAGGAUCUCAAUAAGUUAUUAUUUCCACCUCGAAUUUCACCAGAAUUAUGAAAUAUAAAUGGAGUUACUUUAUAUUUGCAACUUGUAUUGUAUAGUUAUAAUUCUGCUCAUUCAUUGACAAUCAAAUAAUCUUUGAGUUUAAUAUGAUAAACCUUCACUCUUAUCGUGCGGGAUCAAAAACAAGGUAGACUCAUAUUUGGUUGGAAGAUAGUUAUUGUAGCUUCCCUUUCGACCCUUCCCCUCAUUUUCUUUAAUUUACUUUAUGUACAUUGUUAUUUCAUGCAUUUAAUAUUCAUUUGAUCUGAUCUCCUGAGAAAAAAAACCAAACUGGAAACUUAAAUUUUCACAAUGCAAACUGAUCACAGUCAAAGUACAAAAUUUGGAGGGGGUAUUUUAAUUUGCACCCGUGUUUCUUUUUAUUAAAUAAUGAACAAAACGUCCCUUUUAAGGUAAACUAGUAUAUUAAUUGUAGUUUAACAAUUCACAUCUAGAUCUAUGAACGCCAAUAAUUCCCUGACUGGUUAUAGACAGUAAAACGAAGCCACAGCUGUCCAGAUCGGACAGAGAUCCAGCGUGCUUUGUUUCUUGUUACGUCAUCGAUCGAUCGCACUCGCGGCGCGCUUUGAUUAAUUGAAUGCGAGGCUAGGCCAAUUCAUCCUAUUGUGUUGUAGCAAUUAGUCGCAUCUGCCCAGCGAUCCGAGGAGACAUACCCGUCGUCACUUCCAGGAUAUUUAAAUUGCACUUUUUGUCAAUACGCUCAUAAUUAUCGGCUUACUUCAUACUGAUCACACCUAAGAAAGACACUACAAUUAUUACCGUCUUAUUUUGAUUCUACCUUCGAACUGUUGAAAUGUCGCUUCCGAGUGUGGACAUUGGCUGGCUUGACUCUGUGCCCUACAAGAAACGUAGUCGCCGGCAGCAGGAAGCCACGAAGAAGCCCCGGGGGCGACCCGCUGUAAGAACUGAGUUUCCCGGUGUCGUCGAAGCAGCCAGCCAAUUUGUUCAGAGCAACGGAUUCAAAGCUCAUCGUAGACGACAACAAGAAAUAGGCGUGUGUGGGUCUACCCUGCGUGAUAUCAGAGAUCAUCUCCAAAGCACUGUACCAGGGCUUAAGGGUGAACAUCCCAAUCUCAAUGUUCGAACAAUUGCCCACUGGAUGCAUCCACCCAACAAGGCACACAAGGCAGCUGAGAAAUACACUGGAUUGAUUCAAGCACGCAUACCAGCCAAGGACAACUCUGCCCGAAAACCUAACGACAACAGCCACUUUUAUGCUGCUCGGGUAAGAUACUCGUUGGAAAUGGCAUCAAAGUUUAGCGAGUUUGUUCAGGUGUAUAGUGCUGACAAUAAGAACAAAAUAAGGAUUGGUGACUGUACUUUGGCUGUGGAUAGACGAAUCAGGAUCAACAGAUUCUUCCCUGUGAAUGAUGCCCCUCGAUAUAUGGACCACGAUUUUCCAACCCCUGGAUAUCUACUAACUCCCUCGGGAUAUUUGGAAAUGGAGCCCAGUGGCACCACUACACUUGAUCAUCUUGGACGUGAACACUUUGUUUUGCCUCAGAAGUCUAGGUCACAUGUUUUUCUUCGAAGUCCUCGGUCAACCAACAACAUAGCUUCGCACAUGAACGAUCUACAGCAGCUCACUAGUACUCCAACCCAGAAGCCUGUACUUCUACUUGUUGUCGAUGGAGGGUCGGACUUCAAUGUAAACUUUCCUGUCAAUGAACUGUUUUAUGCAUUGUUUUUCAAGGACAAUGACCUGGAUUCCCUCAUGGUUACUUCAUAUUGUCCAGGGGACUCUGCAAUGAAUCCCAUCGAGCACCUUUGGGCACCUUGUACGCGUGCCCUGACAUCGGUAUACCUGCCUUCGACAUUGCCUGGGGAGGACAAGCCACCAUGUCAGCAGAGUGGACUGGCUAAGGACGAGAAGGAGGCCAAGGAAGACAUUGUGUUCGAUCGUGCUAUGGACCAUAUCAGAGACAUUUAUUGGAGGGAUCUCUGCUUUGCAGGACACAAGGUGAACGUCAACUGUGUACGAAGUGGUUCCCCUCCAACGCCUUACGCCAACUACGAUGAAGUCAAAAGGGUACUUGGUGGAUCUACUCGUGCUUUAAGGACGGAUGCACUUGUUAAUGAGCUGUACAAAUUCACACACAGGCACAUGGAUCGCAGAAUCGGCACCAUUAUCUUCAGCAAAUGUACUCUGUCUUCAUGUUUCCAUUGCUCAUCUCAUCCACCAAGAGCUUCAUCAGAUCUUCUAGCUUGCUUGAGGAAUUUUCCUUCGCCUUCACCCAGCACAUCGCACCCUGGCCAUUUCAAGACAUUCAUCGAGGCUUUGUCUUCAGAGAGCAUCCUCCCAUGUGAGCACCUGCAACUUUUUCACAAUAAAGGUCUGGGUCGCUGUCAACAAGAAGGAUGCAAAUACGUGUACACAAGCAAGAAGGAUGUUGACGAUCACAGACGGAAAGCUCACUGAUUAAAGUGAAAAUAUUCAUAUGAAUUGUGAAUUUCUCAUGUUUGGACUACAAUACAUCCAAGUUUGGACACUUACUAUAAUUUUUUUUUUGGGCCAAUUUUAACACUUACUACAAUAUGAAGUGCGUUUAGAUGUAUUUUAAGCGGCGGCCUUUCGCUAUAUAAACAGUGCCACAUUUCGUUUUGUUAAUUUCGUGAUAUACAUCUACAUUUGGACACUUGCUACAAUUAGUGAGUUCAGUUGUAUUUUCGAGUGUCAAUUGUUUCAUAUUGUGUGUUAUUUUCAUUCCAACCAUCAAAAAAUUUCGAAACGUACAAUUAGUGCAUUCAGGGCAGGCAUAUUUUCAUUUUUUUCAAUAUUAACACUUACUACAAUAUGAAGUGCGUUUAGAUGUAUUUUAGCGGCGGCCUUUCGCUUUAUAAACAGUGCCACAUUUCAUUUUGUUAUUAUUUCGAGUUAUACAUCUACAUAUACAUAUGGGCACUUGCUACAAUUAGUGCGUUCAGUUGUAUUUUCGAGUGUCAAUUGUUUCAUAAUGUGUUUUAUUUUCAUUUCAUCUAUCAAAAAAUUUGGAAACAUACUACAAUUAGUGCAUUCAGGUGUAUUUUAAUUUUUGUAAUUAUACAUCUCAAUAUCAACACUGCAAUAUAAAGUGCGUUUUUGACAUUUUCAGUGCAUCUCAUUGUAAUUUUCUGUGUAUACAUCUAAAUUUUGAACCAACCAAGUGUAUUUUAGCUUGACCUUAAACGAAAAUGAAACCUUUGAAACAUGUUAGCUUGUGUGAAAACAGAAAAGUAAAAAAAAAAAAUCAACAAAAGUGA